GUCGUUUAAUCAAAGUGACCUAUGGAGAUAUCCUACUCAACCAGGUGAUCCAGGAUGCCACGAAAGAUAUGUCCAGACAUAUAGGACGCAAUCUAUUUGGCACGACAUGGAGAUCCACUGCUCAAUUUUUUCCAAGCACCGGACAACCGGGCCCGACAUGCUCAUCGAGUCAACGGACGGCUCUGGCAAGGCGCAAUUAUUCUUCGCGGGGGACAACAGCUACUCCAACGCCUGUCGGAUGCAGAAAUUCUAGGCUAAAUUAUGCGGCUUUUGGCUUCAAUGGCAUGAGCGCAAAUACCAAGUCGCCCGCACACUUCGCAUUUUUCAUCCCAAGACAGCUAGGAGUAAGACAUACCAAGUUUAGAGAUAGCCGGAAAAUAUACACCCCAAUCCUCUACGCCUGGAAACGGAAUCUACACACAUCAGAAGAGAAUUUUGCGUCGCAAAAGUCGAGCAAAGACGAUGCCACGAACCGUUCCCAAGAACCGUCCCAGCGCAGCGCAAAGUCAGAUCCAAAAGCAGAACCCCAUCGCACUGAAGCUUUCAAGGGUGGUUCUCAGCAACAUACUCCGAAUUCACACCACAUAUACCUGAUAGACCGGUUCUCUCACGUCCGGAGUCCAACAAGGGAAGAACUGCUAGCAGCCGCAACUGGGUUUUGGUCGCGGUUAAAGAUACGAUUCAAGUGGUUUUCUAUACGGAGCGUGCGGCCGUUUAAUAUCGACGAAAUUGGCGCUUUUUUCUCUUGGGUCCUUUUAGGUCAUGUGCUGUGGAUUUUCCUGGGCACGACGACUUUCUUUUCUUUGAUUAUAUUCGCUAUUAAUACUGUAUUUGCACAAGAAACUUUAGCCAGAUGGGUCGGCAAUUACUUGACGAAAUCUUCUGGGAUUAAGGUCGUUUUCGAAUCAGCAAUUGUACCAAAAUGGGGGGACGGCGUUAUUUCUUUCAAAAAUGUGUUUGUUUCGAGAAGGCCUGGUCAAGGCGGUGGGAAUGUAAGUAAAGGUUCGUCGAAAACAGCGGCCGCGGCGGCUCUCCACAGCGUCGUUCCAUCCGUCCAGCAGCGAGAAGACUACGGCGGCGAAGAAGAAGAUACAAACUAUACCCAAUUCGACGUCACGAUUGAUACCGUGAACGUUACUCUUUCAUUUACAAAGUGGUUCAACGGCAAGGGCCUGUUGCGGGAUGUAGAAGUGAAGGGAAUACGGGGCGUUGUUGAUCGGACCCAUGUAUAUUGGCCAGAUGAACCCAUAGAUCCGAAGUCCUACCGCCACGAACACAAUCCAGGGGAUUUCGAAAUCGAUUCUUUCCGGAUGGAGGAUGUUUUAGUCACAGUCUACCAACCUAACAACUUCAGGCCUUUUCCCGUGAGCAUAUUUACGUGCCAUCUGCCGCAGCUGAGGCGCCAGUGGCUAUUUUACGACUUUUUAUCUGCAAGCAUUAUGUCUGGGUCAUUUGACAACUCGUUGUUUACCAUACACCCCCGACAGACACACAGCUACACUGGGGCGCAAUUGAAUAACGGAGUGGAAGAGAAUGGGAAACCCAGCCCGUGGAAGAAGCAUAGUCGAAUUCGGAUUGAUGGACUCAACAUCGACCAUCUCAACCGAGGUGUUGAAGGCCCCUUCUCGUGGAUCCACGAAGGAAACGUUGACAUUGUUGCCGACAUCAUGUUUCCAGCUGAAAACGACGAGAGUUUGGCCAAGGUAAUGGCGGAUUUUUAUGACCGCCUGGAGGCAACGGUAACAUCCAACCGGUACCAGUCCCUGGCGGAGUCUCUGCCUACCAACGUGGAGGAUGGCACCGCCAACCUCCUGUCUGCUGCGAGCAAAAAUGACAAGAGAUUUGUCGUCACCGAUCUCAGAAUCCAUCUAAACAAUGUGAGAGCGGUUGUUCCUCUUUUCACACGGGAUCUUUCCUAUAUCAACAAUGCGCUCAUCCGGCCGAUCGUGGCUUAUAUAAACUCCAAGCGUACUUUCAUUCCCAUCCAAUGCCGGCUUGUCAAACGAGUGAGCGACUUUGAUGGGAGCUGGACUAUAUUCGACAGCGGACUGAUGGAUGAUCUGUCGGCAGAGACAUACGAAGCCUUCGCAAGAGAUGUCGUAGACGAGCAGGCGCGAAAACGACGUCUCAAGAAAGUAGGGCUGUGGUCGCUCCAGCUUGCAGCUCAAGCGAUCUUUAUGGGAAUGGCUGGUAAUAUUGCAUAGGCUAAGAAGAGUGGGGAAAAAAAGAAAAGAAAAGAAAAGAAAAGCAAAGGAAAGAAAAAAGAAAACGGGAGCAUGAAGCCGGACAGGAGGCGUAUUGGAUCUGGUUUAUCGUUUUUAACGGGGGCACAAGGGCGGGCUCCUGGCCACGAUGUAUACUAUAUAUCCUGUAGGAGUACGGAGUACAACGGCUAGUUAUGUAUGA